GUCGCUCUCAGCACUGUUGUAGUUCUAGCGCAGUGUCGCUGUGUUUUGUAGGCGUGUGGACUUCACCGUACUGAGGGCUCCACCACUGCGCUCUCCCUCUCAGUCUGUACACCACCUGGAGAACAAAAUCACAAAGCUCCUGGGAAAACAUUCACUAAAUCUUAUCUUACUGCCUCUCUGUUGCGUCCUGGUUUUGCGGGCGGGCUCCGUGGCCCAAAGGAAUCAGCUUUCAGCUCGCGCACAAAGGAAGAAAAAUUAGAAGCAGACAAAGACUGAGGAAUGUCACAGCUUCCCUGAGGGAUCCAGCGCUUUAUCAAACACAUCCCUUCUCACCUUUGUGAUGUGCUGACCGUCCUGCAGUGUCAUUGGAUGAGCGUUGAGGAUCUUGGCUGAGGGCUCCUGAAGUUCCUGCUUUUCUGUGGGGUUUUUGCCCCUCCUCCCCUGCCCCCCCUGCCCCCUCCAACCCACAAACCUCUCUUCCAGCUCCACUGCAGACACUGUAUCCUGAAAGGAAAAGCAAACAUACUCUCUGUGUUGGAUUCUGCUGCCACACAGGCAUUGACAGUGGAAGUAAGUCCACUGUGGGUCAUGCUGUGGGCCUGAGUGCUGUAGCUGGCGCUGAAAUGCGGUUGGUUUUGGGGUUGCGGCCCCUCCUGGCCCUGACCCUCGCCCUCACCAGCCUAUCACACCUGUCCGAUGCUGCCACACCUUUCCCCCAAGACCUGGAGCCAAUCAGCAUCGUUGGGAGUGAGUACUCCUAUCUGUACCCUGGUUUCCAGGGCAACAUGUCGGAUAAUGACACGGCGAGGCUUGGUCUGGACUUCCAGAGGAUGCUGCGUAUAAACCACAUGCUCUACAUCGCUGCCAGGGAUCAUGUCUUUGCCGUCAAUCUCAGCACUUCGAUCGAGGAAAUCGUACCCCAGCAGAAACUGACGUGGAAAACGAAAGAUGUGGAGAAAUGCACAGUGAGGGGCAAGAACAGCGAUGAGUGCUACAACUACAUCAAAGUACUGGUUCCUCGCAACGACGAAACACUGUUUGCAUGCGGAACCAACGCAUUUAACCCCACCUGCCGCAACUACAAGAUGUCCACACUGGAGCAGGAUGGAGAGGAGGUGGUUGGUCAGGCUCGAUGCCCUUUUGAAUCGCGCCAGUCCAACGUUGGCCUGUUUGCUGGUGGCGAUUUUUAUUCAGCCACGAUGACAGAUUUUUUAGCGAGCGAUGCAGUGAUUUACAGAAGUUUAGGAGAAAGUAGUCCAGUCCUGCGAACCGUGAAGUACGACUCCAAAUGGCUGCGAGAGCCCCAUUUUCUCCAUGCCAUUGAGUAUGGCAAUUACGUGUACUUUUUCUUCAGUGAGAUUGCAGUGGAAUACACCACUCUUGGCAAGGUGGUGUUUUCCAGGGUAGCUCGGGUGUGUAAGAACGAUAAUGGUGGUUCUCCGAGGGUUCUAGAGCGAUACUGGACAUCGUUCCUGAAAGCCCGGCUGAACUGCUCUGUUCCAGGCGACUCAUUUUUUUACUUUGACGUCCUGCAGUCCUUAACUAACGUCAUGCAAAUCAACCACAGGCCUGCUGUGCUGGGAGUCUUCACCACACAGGCUAACAGCAUCACUGGCUCUGCUGUGUGUGCCUUUUACAUGGAUGACAUUGAGCGAGUGUUUAAUGGCAAGUUUAAAGAGCAGAAGACCAGCGAGUCGGCCUGGACCCCUGUACCUGACGAGCAGGUGCCCAAGCCCAGGCCAGGUUCCUGUGCUGGAGACGGCUCUGCUGCUGCCUACAAGUCCUCCACCACCUUCCCUGAUGAAACUCUCACCUUCAUCAAGUCUUAUCCGCUAAUGGACGAGGCUGUACCCUCCGUCAACGACCGGCCAUGCUUCACACGCACCACCAGCAGGUUUAAGUUGACCCAAAUAGCUGUGGAUACAGCCGCUGGGCCUUAUAAGAACCACACAGUUCUGUUCCUGGGCUCGGAGAACGGGCGGGUUCUGAAGGUCCUGGCUAGUACUCACCCUAACUCCACCUUCAGCAGCCAGUUACUGGAGGACAUCGACGUGUACAACCCAAUGAAGUGUAACGUACGCGGGGAGGACCGGAGGAUUCUGGGCCUCGAGUUGGAUAAGGACCAUCACGCUCUGUUUGUGGCCUUCUCUAGCUGCGUGGUGCGUGUGCCUCUGAGCCGCUGUGCUGACUACGGAACCUGCAAGAAGAGCUGUCUGUCCUCACGAGACCCCUACUGUAUCUGGCUGAGGAGCGGAAGCUGUGCCAUGGUGGCGCCAGGACUAAAGUCUGGCUUUGAGCAGGAUGUGGAGACUGGCUACCCUCAGUACCCAGACAGCUGCCAUGAUGUCUUGGCAACUACACGAAAGCAGAACACUGCAGUGGAUUCAGCCUAUGGAAAGACCUCACCCACAAGCCCCAGCCCAACCAAUCAGGGGCCAGCUCUGCCUAAAGGGCCAGGUGUCCCUGAGAAAGGUACCCACCCUGCGGAGGGGGAGCGGGGGGGGCGGGGUUCCCCUGACUCGGAGCCAAUCAGUGUGGAGAUGGAGGGCGUCCGCCGGCCCCCUGAAGCAGAUAAAUCCAACCACAGUGUUCACUACACUCUGCUAAUAGCGUGUGUGCUUGUGGCUUUCGUCCUGGGCGCCUUUCUCUCCGGCUUCCUCGUCUCCUGUUACUGCAACCACAAUGUCAACAAGACCAAGAGGCUGGCCAAGGACCCGGAGGCUCCCAUCCCUCAUGCGCUGUCUCUGCGCAGCCUGGCCAAGCUGAACGGCCUGCUGGAGAGCCAGGGCAAAGAGGAGAAGCUGGAGGUGUCCUCUCCAAAGAUCUACAACUCUUUUUUCCAGAACGGGAAGGACCACCAUCCACCACGUAGAAGUGCCCACCACGGCGUAAUGUCAGAGCUCAUCCAUCCCCAUCAUCACCAUUCCUCUGAGCUCUCCGGGCUACCGACGCCUGAUUCGACGCCAGAGCUGCCCAUCAAGAGCAUGAAGGCCUUUAAGAACCAAUGGGAGAAGAACCAGAAUUGCAACAAUGCCAAAGAGCCAAAGUCCCACAAUGCUGCAGGAUCCAGGCCCAGCUCUGGCGUCCAUCAGCAGGUUUUCCCUUUCUCCCAUGGGCUGGUUAACAGGCAGGUCCUGGGAGGCCCAAUGCAUCCGGAGGAGCGGAAGAUCCACAACGCUGAGCGCAUACCCAGCCAGCCACAGCACUGCUACCCACACAAGAUUGUUGACGUGACCUCGCUUGACGAGCUUCUGAAGCACAUCCAUGAGAUUAACGUGGCCACUGGGAAGAACCCCACCAUGCUUACCUCAUCAAUGUCGGCCAGUGCGGGCCAAAUGGCGUUCGCCAACCGUGUACAGCCUCAGAUCCCUGAAACAGAGUCGGCGCCCUACUACAGCUCCUCCACCCUGCCCAGAGACAGCCUGACCCGCCGCAUGGACGUCCCUCCAGACAUGCCUCCUCAGCAUCAGUCCACAUUGGAGAGGAUGUCUCGCCACGCCUCCCAGCGCCACUCGCUCAUGUCUGGUGGAGAAGGAGGGGUGAUGGUGUGCCGUGAGCCCAGUUUCAGUCGCCGCUCGCACCAUCCACCUCCUCCGCUCCUAUCCCGGAUGAACUCUACCGGCAGUGAGGUGCGCCACCCACUCAUCUCCAACGGCUACCUGACGCGACAGCACAGCUACAGCGAGCAGCCGGAGGUCCACCGGGGUGCCGUGGUACGCCGAACCACCUCGCUCAAACCGGAUGUCCCACCUAAGCCGCUCUUCAUCCCUGCCACCUCUCCAGUCAACCAGGCGGGGAAGUUCAACUACUGAGCUCCGGCGGACUCCUCACCUGCACACCAGAGCCUAAAGACUGAAGAAAUCUACACUCAUGCAGAGAGCAAGUCUAGACCCGAAGUCUAGAUUUCUUAAGUGUGUCUUUGGACAGCUUUCGACUAAAUGCUGCACUAACCACUGAGAACUGGAUUCAGUCAAGAGUGCAUAAGAAAAACUGCAUUCAGUGGAAGAACCUCUCAUGAUUUGAUAAUGGCUGCCAGUGUUGUCAACUUCAUAUUUGAACUUUAAACUUUUUUUUGUUUAUUUUCUUUGUGUCUCAUCAAUAUAUUUGUACCAUAUUGGUAUUGCUCAGCUAUUUGCUUAUAGAAGGUGAGGAACUAGAAGAGAAAGGAACAGCACCCAUCUUGUUCUAGGCGCUGUCACUGUGUUGAGUGUGGCUUUUAAGUGUUCUCCCAAACCCGCGGUUAUGGUUAUCACUAAUUCUGAGGUUGGGACCUGGACUAAGCUAACAACUGGGCUUGAGCCUUAUGUGAUGCUGAUCUUUCUUGCUUUGGCUUAACUAUUCUGUUGAUGUAGAGUUGAUGAACUGUACCAAUCCCAGCUCUAAAACGUGUAUAUAUGCAUGUGUGUGUAUAUAUAUGUGUGUUCAUAUCUACACAGUAUAUGUAUACAUAUACAUACAGAGUAUAUGUAUCCUGAAGAACAAAAUGGAUGAUCUCCUCUGAAAGUAGCUCUUUGCCUUAUUUUGAAAAGUAAAUAUGUUGUUGAAAAGCCCUUCUGUUGAUCUUUUACACUACAAAUGAAGAAAACUCUCUUGGGAAAACACAUGAGCAAUAACCUGUCCACCAUUAACUACCAUUACUUUUCCAACAGCACUGCCCACCUUUAGAGUAAUGUAGCCAAAAUGUAAAA